AUGUCUGUCACAUUACAUACUUCCCUCGGAGACAUCAAGAUCGAGGUGUUCUGCGAGGCCGUCCCGCGCACCGCCGAGAACUUUCUUGCUCUCUGCGCAUCCGGAUACUAUGACGGCACGCUCUUCCACCGCAACAUCAAGGGGUUCAUGGUGCAGACUGGUGACCCCACCGGUACGGGCAAGGGUGGACAGAGCAUCUAUGGAGCACCAUUCCCCGACGAGGUGCGGCAAACGCUCAAGUUCAACACGCGCGGUAUUGUGGCCAUGGCGAAUGCCGGCCCGGACACGAACAAGUCUCAGUUCUUCAUCACCUACGCCAAGCAGACCUCGCUGGAUGGCAAGUACACGAUCUUCGGCCGUGUGAUCGAUGGCAGCGACACGACACUCGACUUUAUCGAGCGCACACCCGUCAACGAGAAGAACCGUCCUACAAAGGAGAUUCGUCUUGAGAGUGUCACGAUUCACGCCAACCCCAUUGCCGACGCGCACAAGUAA